AGAGUCGCAUGCUCUUGUGACUGAGCCAGCCAGGCUCCUGGCAUAGACAGAUUUUUAAAUAAAAUUUUUAGAAUAGUUUCUGGGUACUCUGGACAUUUUAGAGUUAUAGAAAGAUUUUGAAGAUAGUACAGAGAGUUCCUAUAUACCCCACACCCAGUUUCCCGUAUUAAUACCUUACAUUAGUUUAAUAUACUUAUAAAUACUGAAUUACUGUUGAUUAUUAUUAAAAUCCAUACUUUAUUCAUAUUUUCCUCAUUUUUAUCUAAUGUCCUUUUUCUGUUCCAGGAUCCCAUGUAGGAUAGCGUAUUACUUUUAAUUGUCACAUCUCCUUAGGCUCCUCUUGGGUGUGAUGGUUUCUCAGACUUCACUUGUCUUUGAGGACCUUGACAGUUUUGAGGAGUCCGGUUUUUUUGUAGAAUGCCACUCAUUUGGGAUUUGACCGAUGUUUUUCUCAUUAUUAUACUGCCAUUAAAGGUUUUGGGGAGGAAGACCUCAAAGAUGAAGUGCCAUUCUCAUCAUAUCAAGGGUACAUACGGUCCACUUGCUACUGCUGAGACAUAAAACAAUUUGUAAAAUGAAAGAGGCAGAGAGGAGAUAAUUUAUGUAAUUUGAGUUUGCGGCAGAAGUUUUAUCAAGUUUGGAGACAAUUGGGUUUGUUCCCAGGGGUAAGAGAGAGGUCACAAUCCACCAAGCUUCUGCAUGUUGGUCUGAACUGUAAAUAUGGAACGGGCCAAAGGAGCCCCGUUCUUUGGAGAGGUGAGGGGUCUGUUGUGUCACAGUUCCACGGGAGACAGAGCAUCCCUGCUGGCCAGGUGUUGUCCUGCCCCAUCAGCUACAGCCGUGGUGUAGCAGGUGGAGCUGCUUUUACCCCCGGUUUCUCUGACAGCCUGCAUAGUUGGACUUCCGUGAGUGGUAAAAACACAGCUGUCAGCGAUGUUACCAACUUAUUAUCUGUUGGAUUUCUGCUGCUUUUGCUUUCUCUAUCCUUCAUCUGCUCUACUGUCUACAGAUCUCUUCAGUUCCUGUCUUGUGUCCCAAUUUAGUUAAAUAUGAUAAAAAGUCUGUCUAAGUAGGAACUAUGUAUUAUUUUUAUAUUCACUUAUAUUUCAGAUUCUGUGCUUUAGAUACCUUUAUGAAGGGUAAAUUUUAAAUAGUUUGAGUCAGAUGUUCAUUCUGUUAGUUUUGUGAUAUGUUACGGUAUAGAGACUAAAUAAAACAUUUGAUCUGGCUGUCAUACAAGUGGUGUGUCCUGGGUUUAUCAAACAUGUUUGAGAGUUCUAGUUAAGUCUGUAUCCUGCCCUGUUGCUUUAGCAGCAGGGAAUAAAUUACAGUUGAAAGUUUGUUCGUUAUUAUUUCAGGAAUCAAGGCCAGAGGUAUGAAUAAGGUGGCGAUUCUGAAGGGAAGAUUUUUGUAAGGAUGGACCCACACCAGCAGAUUGCCAGCAUAUAUAAGAGGGAUACAUUUCAGAUUCCCAAGUAUGAAAAAACCUCUCAGUAUAUGAACCAGGUACAAAGGCCUGAGGACAGGCCCACAGACGAAAGACGGUAUACAUGUAGUGAAUGUGGAAAGAAGUUUGCUCAGAGCUCAGGCCUUGUUCGACAUCGGAGAAUCCACACUGGAGAGAAACCCUAUGAGUGUCAUCACUGCGGAAAAGCCUUCAGUGUGCGCUCAACCCUCACUGUGCAUGAAAGAAUCCACACUGGUGAGAAGCCCUAUACUUGUAAUGAAUGUAGGAAAGGCUUCAGUGUGAGGGCACACCUGAUCAUCCAUCAGAGAAUCCACAAUGGAGAGAAACCCUAUGAGUGUAAUGAAUGUGGCAAAGCCUUUAGCGUGAGCUCAGACCUUAUCAAACAUCAGAGAAUACACUCUGGUGAAAAGCCCUAUGAGUGUGACAAGUGUGGGAAAGCCUUCAGCGUGAGCUCAGCCCUCAUCAAACAUCAGAGAAUCCACACAGGAGAGAAGCCGUAUGAGUGUAAGGAGUGUGGGAAGGCCUUCUACGUGAACUCCGCCCUUAUUAAUCAUCAGAGGAUUCACUCUGGAGAAAAGCCCUAUGAGUGUGGAGAAUGCAGGAAAGCAUUCAGCCAAAUCUCCACCCUUAUCCAUCACCAGAGAAUCCACACUGGAGAGAAACCGUAUGAGUGUGAUGAGUGUGGGAAAGCUUUCCGUGGGAGUUCAAAUCUUACCAAACACCAGAAAAUACAUGCCAAAGGAAAGUGUCUUCAGUGAUUUAUGUGGUGAAGAUAUUCCAAAGGCCUUUUUUGUAUCAGAAGUUAACACCAAAAGAAGGGUAUGGUAAAAGUUAGUGUUUUAAUUGAUACUUGGUCCCUUAGAAUAUUGAAGAAGUGAGAAGUCAAUGAAAAUGACUCCAGAAUGGUGACUAGUUAAAGUUCUAAAAUCACAUCUACUGAGAAUGCCACUUUACAACUCAUAAGGGUGGAGGUUUGCAGACAGACUCUUCAGGGAUCAGCACUGAAGAGAUGCUAUAUCCCACCCCAAACCAGCACAGCUGAAUCCUAAGCAAUAAGUGAUGGUGACUCCUGGCCCUAAACAAGGAGUCCAUUUCAAAGCAGAGUUUUGCAGAAUUCCACCGCCAAGUGAGGGAGAAGCCCCUUGAGGAAUCAGCUUACGGUGCUUCAAGCCAAGCCAGAGUAUCUCUCUGAUAAAGGGACCUAAGACACUUGGGAGAAUUUGCCCUGGAAUUCACUUCUGUCACUGCUCUGGGAGUGGGAAAUAUUCCCUUACCUUGUGUACAAUUUCUACUUGUAAUAAACUAAUAAAAGAAGCAGCUGCUCAGUCUAAAA